UUGGACAAAGCCUAAUCUGGAGUAGUUCCUUGUGGAGGCUUCUGCAGAGCACCUGGACGUCAAAGCAGGCACCAUGAAGCACUUCCUGAGGGUUUCUUCAAGCAAGAACUAACUUUCAUUAGCACAUUCCUCGCAACUGUCCAAAAUAAGCCACUUUUCUUUUAUUGUUCUAAAAGAAGACGCCAGAGUCACAAGUGUAAGAUGAUGGAGUAGUAUUGCACUACAGGAUGUUGAUCCAGGUGUGCCUGUACUUUUACUGUAAGUUUUUGUGGCGCUGUCUGAAAUUUGUGAUGAGGAAGCUGACGGGAAGAUGUGAGCUGCAACGCAUCUGCUACAGCAACAAGCCUGGAGCUUCCAGAACCAUGAAAAUCGAAACUUCGCUGAGGGGCUCCAAAAGCAAGCUGCUGCAGACUUCCGUGAGCGUGCACCCGGAUGCCAUUGAGAAAACCAUAGAAGACAUCAUGGAGCUGAAAAGGAUCAACCCUGACGUAAACCCGCAGUUGGGAAUCUCUCUUCAAGCUUGCCUCCUGCAAAUUGUUGGGUACAGAAACCUUAUUGCAGACGUUGAAAAACUGCGCCGAGAACCGUAUGAUUCUGAGAAUCCCCAACACGAAGACAUGCUUUUGAAGUUAUGGAAAUUCUUAAAACCCAAUACGCCGCUGGAAUCUCGGGUGUCCAAGCAAUGGUGUGAAAUUGGUUUCCAAGGUGAUGAUCCGAAGACAGAUUUCCGAGGAAUGGGACUUCUGGGGCUGUACAAUUUGCAGUACUUUGCGGAGAGGGAUUCUGCAGCAGCUCAGCAGGUCCUCUCUGAUUCUCUUCAUCCAAAAUUCAGCAAAUUCAGCAAAACAGAGUGGGAGAAGAAAAGAAUGGAUAAAGCUAUUGGAUACUCAUUUGCCAUUGUCGGCAUCAAUAUAACUGAUUUGGUAUAUAACCUGCUGAUCACUGGAGCUCUCAAGACCCAUUUCUACAACAUCGCCCCAGAGGCACCAACACUAUCCCACUUCCAGCAAACGUUCUGCUAUUUGAUGCACGAGUUUCAUAAGUUCUGGAUCGAAGAGGACCCCAUGGACAUAAUGGAAUUCAAUCGUGUGCGGGAGAAAUUCCGCAAGAGGAUCAUAAAACAGCUGCAGAACCCAGAAAUGGCCUUGUGCCCACAUUUUGCUGCCUCGGAAGGGUUGAUCAACAUGUAGUUGCCCACCCUGGCUUUCCUGGAUGCCCUGGCACGGUGCCUCAUGGUCCUGUUCGAUCUCUGCUUAGGCCCCAGCGCACACACUGAAUGCACACAGGGGUUGUAUGCAUGCCCUUCGAUACAGUAUUCCCGUCUCUUGGUCGUAACUGUCACACACCCUGAUCCCACUAUUUCUGGAGUAUCUGUCCCUUAGUGACUGCUCAUGUUGUGGCUUUAUGCAGUGUUACAUCUUGUCUUGACGCCCAGGUAUGGAGAGAGUUUUCUAUUUUUUUAGGUUUUGUUUUCCCCCCUCCCUCCCCCUCAUUAUUCAGCAUCAAAGAAUUGUAUUUCCCUCGCUGUGUUUUGUAGGUAGGAAAUCUAGCUGAAUCUUGUUCUGUGAAAGCCUUUUAAUUUAUUGAUAAUGUUUCACAACUACUGCUGCUAGCUUCUCAAGUCCAGUCCAGGCUUGGAUCUCAUACUCAUUAUAUAGACAGACACAUGAUAAGCCAAACUGUUUCUGCAAACAUAGCUGCGCUCCAAAACAUAUUGUUUAAAUAGAAUGCGGCCCAGGACGCACAAACUUAAGUAGAAGCUGUUUUUGUUUACAGUGCCGCAGCGUCCCAUUUGUAACUUGCUCACCCCGCAGUCAUCUGGAUAUCAGAUGGUUUACCGACCAUGGUCUCACUGGCUUGAACGCGUACAUACAUUUAGGAUGCUUGGAGCCUCAGAAAAGAAGUCUGCAUAUUCUCAAUGCUGCAAAAAGAUUCUUCACUGCCUGCCUCUUGCUGAACGCCGAGUUCUAUGAGUUCUAUGCUGGCACUGUUCUGAUCCAAGUAUCUUUGCUUGGGGCACUGAGUCCUGACCACUUGCCUUUCCAGAUUGCGGUAAUUGGAAAGAACCAAUUUGUAAGACCAAGUGUUUUGAGAGAGGAACCUGAGCUUUAUCAUUCUGUGGUAUUUCUUGGAAAUAAUGACCUUCUUUUGUCCUAGUAGAAGAAGUAAAUUGCUUGAAAAGGGGUGGGACUGGGUGGAGGCGGGGGGAAACAAACCAUUCCAAAAUUGCAAAGUCAUUUUAAAAACCAUGAUUUAGUUUGGAAUCAUGAUUGUAGUCUGUUCAAUUGUAUUUACCAUGGCAUUUCACACCCAUGGUAUUUUAUACCUUCUGACUAUCGAUUUUAGUAUUAUUAGAUGUUUGUGUAAUCACUUGCUUAUUUAAAUGAAUUUUUAGCACUGCCUAACCGAUGGUUAUAUGAAUAAAUUACACGUCAUUCUACUGUAA